GUGCGGUAUGCGCCGUUCCCGCCGGUGGCCGCCGGGUCCCCGCCGCUGAGCGGCGCGCCGCUGCCGCCGUUGCCGCCCCCGCUGCCGCCGCCGCCGCUCCAGCCGCUGCAGCUGCAGCAGCGCGCCCACUCCCGCAGCAUGUCGUCGCUGCCGCCCGAGCCCUUCAUGAUCAUGCGCUCCAAGGCGCUCAACAGGCGCGUCUGCAUCAACGUGGGCGGCGUCAAGCACGAGGUGCUGUGGCGAACCUUGGAGCGGCUGCCGCACACGCGCCUGGGCCGCCUCCGCGAGUGCAACACGCACGAGGCCAUCACGGAGCUGUGCGACGACUACUCGCUCGUGGACAACGAGUACUUCUUCGACCGCCACCCCAAGUCCUUCAGCUCCAUCCUCAACUUCUACCGCACAGGCAAGCACCGCGCCGCGCUGCGCGCCCCCGCUGCCCGGCUAUGCAAGCUGCAUCUGGUGGACGAGAUGUGCGUGCUGGCAUUCAGCGACGACCUGGAGUACUGGGGCGUGGACGAGCUGUACCUGGAGUCGUGCUGCCAGCACAAAUACCACCAGCGCAAAGAGCACGUGCACGAGGAGAUGCGCAAGGAGGCGGAGUCGCUGCGCCAGCGCGAGGAGGAGGAGUUCGGCGACGGCAAGUGCGCGCAGUACCAGAAGUUCCUGUGGGACCUCCUCGAGAAGCCCACCACGUCCAUCGCCGCGCGGAAUCCUAAGUAUGUGUUUGCUGUCUUGUUUGUUUGUUGGUCACACAGCCACACAGCAGCGCCCAGCUGCCGCCGCCGCCAGGGCGCGCGCGUGGCGCUCGCCGCUCCGUGCGCCCCCGCCCAGCCCCCGCCCGCGCUCCGCUCCGCGCGCGCGCGCCCGCGCCCGCGCCCGCCCGCGCUCGCGCCCACCCCGCCGCCUCGCCGUGCAUCCGCCGGCCUCGGCGUCGUUGGCGCGCGCCCCCCGCUCAGUGUUGUUGUUUUUGUUCGUUUGUGUUUUUAUGUGAUCGCGGUCAUCUCCAUCCUGUUCAUAGUGCUUUCGACCAUAGCGCUCACUCUCAACACCAUCCCCAGCCUCCAGUACCACGAGAACGGCACCCUCCAGGACAACCCACAACUCGCCAUGGUCGAGGCAGUGUGCAUCACGUGGUUCACGCUAGAGUACGUCCUCCGGUUCAGCGCCUCCCCGAACAAGUGGAAAUUCUUCAAGGGGGGGCUCAACGUCAUCGAUCUCCUCGCCAUCCUCCCCUACUUCGUCUCCUUGUUCCUCCUGGAGACGAACAAAAACGCCAACGACCAGUUCCAAGACGUACGCCGCGUGGUGCAAAUCUUCCGGAUCAUGCGAAUCCUCCGAAUCCUAAAACUCGCCCGCCACUCCACCGGCCUUCAGUCUCUCGGCUUCACACUUCGCAACUCCUACAAGGAGCUCGGGCUACUCAUGCUGUUCCUGGCCAUGGGAGUGUUGAUUUUCUCCAGCCUGGCCUAUUUUGCCGAGAAGGAAGAACCGGGGACAAAAUUCAUCUCUAUUCCGGAGACGUUUUGGUGGGCGGGCAUUACGAUGACGACGGUGGGCUACGGGGACAUUUACCCCACGACGGCGCUGGGGAAGGUCAUAGGAAGUGUCUGCUGCAUUUGCGGAGUUCUGGUGAUCGCGUUGCCCAUUCCCAUCAUCGUGAACAAUUUCGCCGAGUUCUAUAAAAACCAGAUGAGACGCGAAAAGGCGCUGAAGAGGCGGGAGGCGUUGGAGCGCGCCAAGCGGGAGGGCAGCAUCGUGUCCUUCCACCACAUCAACCUGCGCGACGCCUUCGCCAAGAGCAUGGACCUCAUCGACGUCAUCGUGGACACAGGUGAGAAGGCCGCGUUGCUGGGCGGGACGAGCGUGGACGCGGCAUGCCCGCCCCCAAAGCCCAAAGACCAAAGACUCUGACCGCCUCCGCCUCCGCUCCGCUCGGCCUUAGGUCCGUUGCCCGCGGGGG